ACUAGCUUCGACCGCUCGUUUUUCUAGCUCGCAUAAAACCGGCCUCGCUGGCAAAAUGCCCCUCUGACCUCGGUAUAUCGACAAGAUCCAAACCCCUUUCCAGCUCGCCUUCCCCAGUGCUGUCCCGCGGCGUUCAGUUCGGUUGCUGGGCUUGAUUUCGUCCACUCGCGAUGGCUUCGCUUGUCAGGACCGUACCUCGCCGCCUAGGCCAAUCAGCCGCUCAACUACGAGUUGCAUCUUCUCUCAGCUCGCGGCUGCAAAGCUCGAGUCCGCGGGUAUGCCGCCACUACCCGUCCCUGGCCACGGCCACGUCCGUGGGACGGAGGUCAUUCCUUACCCAGGCCGAAACAGCGAAAGGUCACAGCGAGUAUGCGUAUCACGACUUAGACACCUUUCCCCGUCGCCACAUUGGCCCUGAUGAGGCCGAUACGGCUAAGAUGUUGAAGGCCUUGUCCCCCCCGGUCGAGAAUCUAGAUCAGUUUGUCCGGCAGGUCAUCCCGCCCAACAUCUUGUCUUCGAGGAGCCUCAACAUCCCACCACGCCACAGCCCCCUCUCCGAAUCAGGUCUCAAGCAACAUGUCAAGGACUACCAGAGCCUGAUCAGCGUGAAGAAGAGUUUUAUCGGUGCUGGCUACUACGGAACCCAUACCCCGUCCGUCAUCCAACGGAACGUGCUCGAGAACCCAGCCUGGUACACGAGUUAUACCCCUUACCAACCAGAGAUCAGCCAAGGUCGCUUAGAGUCGCUGGUCAACUUCCAGACCAUGGUCACGGAUCUCACUGCACUUCCCAUUGCUAAUGCUAGUCUUCUCGACGAAGGUACGGCUGCCGCCGAAGCUAUGACGCUUUCUAUGAAUAGCCUGCCUUCUUCGAGGGUUAAGAGGGAAGGAAAGACCUUUGUCGUCUCAACAUCCUUACACCCCCAGACAAUUUCGGUCCUACGGGGACGGGCAGAUGGCUUCGGCAUAAGGAUCCUAGAGCUGGAUCUCUCCAAGGAGGAGUCUGAUGCCGAAAUCGGAAAACUCGGCGAUGACUUAGUUGGUGUCAUGGUUCAGUAUCCAGACACCUAUGGCCAUCUGGAGAAUUUUGCGCCUCUGGCUGAAUCGGUGCACAAACAGGGGGCCCUUCUCAGUGUUGCCACGGACCUGUUGGCCUUGACGGUGCUCAAGCCUCCGGGAGAGUGGGGGGCUGACAUUGCGUUCGGAAGCGCGCAGAGAUUCGGCGUACCGAUGGGAUUCGGCGGCCCUCACGCCGCCUUCUUUGCCGUCGGCGAGAAGCACAAAAGAAAGAUGCCUGGGAGGCUAGUAGGGCUUUCCAAGGACCGCCGAGGCGACAAAGCGUACCGGCUAGCUCUACAGACGCGGGAACAGCACAUUCGACGAGAAAAGGCCACGAGUAAUGUGUGUACGUCGCAGGCGCUUUUGGCGAAUAUGAAUGCGCUCUAUGCGAUCUACCAUGGCCCCGAAGGCCUCAAAGCGAUCGCCGAACGGGUUAUCCGCGGGGCAAGGGCCUUCCAAUCUAUCGCUGAGCAGAGCGGGUUCAGCGUUACGAAGAGCAAGUGGACCAACGAUAGGGGCGUUCUCUUCGACACAGUCGUUGUCGACGUUAAGUCCGCCACGAAUCAAGAUAAUAUUAUAAAAGCAGGGGAUGAGUAUGGGGUUUGCUUCCGCGUAAUCGGGGACCGACACAUUGGCGUUUCGGUUGAUGAAACAACAUCUCUCGACGAUUUGACCAAAUUGUCCCAGAUAUUCGCGAAAGUCUCUGGGGGUCAGGACACAUACGCAGAUGCGUCAAGUCGCGUCCACCAGAUCCUCUCUCAGCAGGCUGGACCGUUAGACAUCCCAGCUGCAUUUCGGCGCACUAGUAGUUUUCUGACACACCCCGUCUUCAACACGCACCACUCAGAGACAGAAAUGCUACGGUACAUACACCAUUUGCAGUCUAAGGACCUAUCGCUCGUUCACUCCAUGAUUCCUCUCGGCUCGUGUACCAUGAAGCUCAAUGGAACUACGGAGAUGUCACUCAUCACGCUGCCCGAAUUCUCUCAGAUACACCCGCAUACACCACAGAACUUAGUCCGCGGCUAUAUCAACCUGUUGGAGAUACUCAAAACACAGCUGCGCGACAUCACAGGGAUGGAUGCUACCUCUCUCCAGCCUAACUCUGGGGCUCAGGGCGAGUUCACCGGCUUGCGAGCAAUUAGGGAAUUUCACAAGCAGCAGGGAGAAAAGGGAAAGAAGCGUGACAUCUGUCUGAUCCCCGUGUCCGCUCACGGUACGAAUCCGGCUUCUGCGGCUAUGGCCGGCUUGCGGGUGGUUCCAAUCAAAUGCGAUACGAUUACGGGCAACCUUGACCUGACGGAUCUCGAAACGAAAUGCAAAAAGCACGAGACCGAACUCGCGGCUAUCAUGGUUACUUACCCCAGCACAUUCGGCGUCUUCGAACCGGAGAUAAAAAAAGUGUGCCAGAUUGUUCACGACCACGGUGGGCAAGUCUACAUGGACGGGGCCAACAUGAAUGCGCAAAUUGGGCUCUGCUCGCCGGGAGAGAUCGGCGCCGAUGUAUGCCACCUGAAUCUUCAUAAAACUUUCUGUAUCCCACAUGGCGGGGGUGGUCCUGGUGUCGGCCCCAUUUGUGUGAAGCAGCACCUUCAGCCUUUCCUACCGCGUGACGCCAACCCUAGUGGCGAGGUGAGCAGCGGCGGUUACGCUGUAAGCAGUGCUUACUACGGAAGUGCCAGCAUCAACCUCAUCAGCUGGGCGUAUAAUUCUAUGAUGGGAGCCGAGGGUCUCACCCACGCUACCAAGAUCACUCUUCUCAACGCCAACUACAUCCUUUCCCGCCUCAAGCCUCACUACCAGAUCUUAUACACAAAUGAGCAUGGCCGGUGCGCACACGAGUUCAUCCUUGAUGCCCGACCCUUUAGCAAGACCGCUGGGGUUGAGGCCAUCGAUAUUGCUAAGCGCCUUCAAGACUACGGUUUCCACGCUCCGACGAUGAGCUGGCCUGUCGCCAACACGCUGAUGAUCGAACCUACGGAGAGCGAAAGCAAAGAAGAGCUCGAUAGGUUCAUCGACGCCCUCAUCAGCAUCCGUGAGGAAAUUCGCGAGGUCGAACAAGGUAAAGUCCCGCGAGAGAGCAAUGUCCUGAAGUUGGCCCCACACACGACACAGGACCUACUCCUGGGCGACGGCGAUGGCAACUGGGCGAGGACGUACUCAAGAGAGAAGGCCGCAUACCCACUACCGUGGUUGAAAGAGAAGAAAUUCUGGCCUACUGUCACAAGAAUAGAUGACGCCUAUGGUGACCUGAACCUCUUCUGCACGUGCCCGCCUGUAGAGGACACUACCUGAGAGAUCUUCGCAUCACCUCUCGGCAUUUCCUGGGCAUAGGAGCGUGGAGAGUGGGCAUAUAAAGCUAAGCGAUACCAUCCAGUUUCAACAUUCCUGGGGGGGGAAGGCGUACCGGUUAGGUGCAUAUAUGGCCAAAAAGAGCAUCUCGCGGAAGGUAUUCAACAUUCGUCGGUAUAUAUUUGGUAGAACGUGGAGUUUCACCAACUUCUAGAGCAGGCGUUAAUAGGAUUGGGGAGGGGGGCCAAUUCAACAUCCAUUGCAUCCAAGGGGUAUUGAAGGAGGUUGGCUUGCGGUUGUAUCUAGUUCUCUCAACCGAGCUCGGAUUGCUUACUGGAUAGCGGGUUACGACAAGAUGGUAGGCAUGGAAAGAGGAGGGGCACGACGGGGGAAAUCAAGGAAGAAUUGUGGUCAGUAUAAGCAGCCAAGACGAGAGAUUCCUGCGUAGCCUCUCCAGUAGGCAACAGAACUACUUUCGCGCCGCUUAGGAACUAUAGUA